UGCGCCGGGGAUGCGCGUGCUUCGGCUCUGCGGCUGCUCCCGGCUGGGCGCGGGGCGAUGGAGCUGAGCAUGAAGAAGUUCACGGUGCGCAGGUUCUUCUCGGUGUACCUGCGCAAGAAGUCGCGCUCCAAGAGCGCCAGCCUGAGCCGGCUCGAGGAGGAAGGGCUCGUGAAGGAGAUCGCCAUCAGCCACCAUGUGAAGGAGGGGUUCGAGAAGGCCGACCCGUCCCAGUUUGAGCUGUUGAAGGUGCUGGGACAGGGCUCCUACGGGAAGGUGUUCCUGGUGCGGAAGGUCAAGGGCUCCGACACCGGGCAGCUCUACGCCAUGAAAGUCCUCAAGAAGGCCACGCUCAAGGUUCGGGACCGCGUGCGGUCCAAGAUGGAGAGAGACAUCCUGGCCGAAGUGAAUCACCCCUUCAUCGUCAAGCUCCACUACGCCUUCCAGACGGAGGGGAAGCUGUACCUGAUCCUGGACUUCCUGCGUGGUGGGGACCUCUUCACCAGGCUGUCCAAGGAGGUGAUGUUCACGGAGGAGGACGUCAAGUUCUACCUGGCCGAGCUGGCCCUGGCCUUGGACCACCUCCACGGCCUGGGCAUCAUCUACCGAGACCUGAAACCCGAGAACAUCCUCCUGGACGAAGAGGGACACAUCAAGAUCACAGACUUCGGCCUGAGCAAGGAGGCCAUUGACCACGACAAGCGAGCCUACUCGUUCUGCGGGACCAUCGAGUACAUGGCGCCCGAGGUGGUGAACCGGCGGGGACACGCGCAGAGCGCAGACUGGUGGUCGUUCGGCGUGCUCAUGUUCGAGAUGCUCACGGGGUCUCUGCCGUUCCAAGGCAAGGACAGGAAGGAGACCAUGGCCCUCAUCCUCAAGGCCAAGCUGGGCAUGCCGCAGUUCCUCAGCGUGGAGGCCCAGGGCUUGCUGAGGGCCCUGUUCAAACGGAACCCCUGCAACCGCCUGGGCGCUGGCGUUGAUGGCGUGGAGGAGAUUAAGCGUCACCCUUUCUUUGUGACCAUAGACUGGAACAAGCUGUACCGGAAGGAGAUCAAGCCGCCGUUCAAACCCGCCGUGGGCAGGCCUGAGGACACCUUCCACUUUGACCCCGAGUUCACGGCGCGGACGCCCACAGACUCUCCCGGGGUGCCCCCAAGUGCCAACGCUCAUCACCUGUUCAGAGGAUUCAGCUUCGUGGCCUCCAGCCUGGCCCAGGAGUCCUCGCAGCAGGAGCCACACCAAGUCCCGGUGCACCCGAUCGUGCAGCAGUUACACGGGAACAACGUCCACUUCACCGACGGCUACGAGAUCAAGGAGGACAUCGGGGUGGGCUCCUACUCGGUGUGCAAGCGCUGCGUGCACAAAGCGACGGACGCUGAGUACGCGGUGAAGAUCAUCGACAAGAGCAAGCGGGACCCCUCGGAAGAGAUCGAGAUCCUCCUGAGGUACGGCCAGCACCCGAACAUCAUCACCCUCAAGGACGUCUACGACGACGGCAAGUUCGUGUACCUGGUGACGGAGCUGAUGCGCGGCGGGGAGCUGCUGGACCGCAUCCUGCGGCAGAGGUGCUUCUCGGAGCGCGAGGCCAGCAGCGUGCUGUGCACCAUCACCAAGACCGUGGACUACCUGCACUCGCAGGGGGUGGUGCACCGAGACCUGAAGCCCAGCAACAUCCUGUACGUGGACGAAUCCGGGAACCCCGAGUCCAUCCGCAUCUGUGACUUCGGCUUCGCCAAGCAGCUGCGGGCGGAGAACGGGCUGCUGAUGACGCCCUGCUACACCGCCAACUUCGUGGCCCCGGAGGUCCUGAAGCGGCAAGGCUAUGAUGCGGCGUGUGACGUCUGGAGUCUUGGGAUCCUGCUCUACACCAUGCUGGCGGGGUUCACCCCCUUUGCAAACGGACCGGAGGACACCCCCGAGGAGAUCCUGGCUCGCAUCGGCAGCGGGAAGUACGCCCUCUCCGGGGGGAACUGGGACUCCGUGUCUGAAGCGGCCAAGGACGUCGUGUCCAAGAUGCUCCACGUGGACCCUCAGCAGCGCCUGACGGCCGUGCAAGUGCUGAAGCACCCCUGGAUUGUCAACAGGGAGUACCUGUCCCAGAGCCAGCUCAGCAGACAAGACGUGCACCUGGUGAAGGGCGCGAUGGCCGCCACCUACUCUGCACUGCACAGAGCUCCGCUGGCCCCGCGCCUGGAGCCAGUGCUGUCGUCCAGCCUGGCCCAGCGCCGGGGCAUGAAGAGACUCACGUCCACGCGGUUGUAGCAGCCAGCCUGACGCCUGGCCGCCGCCCAGUGCACCUGCUGAGCGUCGGGUCCCGCGCACGGGCGCCUGGGGCGACCGCAAGUCCAGCCUGGGGCAGAACCGGCCUCCGCUGCCCCUGCGCUUUCUUCCAGCCCUGGAGGGACCCAGGCGGGGACUCCGGGGAGCCUCGCUGUGCCAGCCUUGCCACCUGCUCUCCUCCCUUAGUCCUGAGCGAAACCAAAUGAACGCAGUCUCCUGGCGUCACCGCUGGGCCCGGGGCUUCCCUCGGAGUGCCCAGGUCUCCUCCUCGAGCACUUCUGCGUUCCCCGGGGAGCAGCUUGCCAGUGGGAAGCGGGAGUGUGGCGGGACCCCGACACGGGCGUCCCAGCCUCUGUGGGAGAAGUGAGGCCAGCCCCGGGCGUCUCGGCUCCAGACCCUGGCUGGGGCCGGGUGGUCUCCGUCGCCUCUGGCUCUGACUUGGGCGAGAGGAGAGCCGGGCCAGGGAUCAGGACAGAGCUUGCGCCUGCGGGUGCUGGCUGCCCCGCGGAGGUGGGGCCACUGUGCCGGAGGCUCCAGAGCUUGGACCCCUCUUCCCACCCGCCCACAGCCACGGUUGGCUGCACUCACCACUGCUCACCUUCAGGAAAACCGUGGCUGCCGCGACUCCUGCUCCACGGCCGGCCACAUCCAUGUGCCAUGCCGAAGCCAAGCCUGUGUCCGUGUCCACCGCGUGGGCGUUUUCCUGUGGACGGGGUCCUGGCAGUGCUGUGCUGUGCCCGUUCCCGGAGGCUGGGGCCUCCUCCCAGAAGCCCAGCCUGGUUGGGCAGGGGGCGCUCUCCCCAGCUCCCCCGGGGACCUGCUCACCCUCCCGCUGAGCUGGGGGGGGGGGGGGGGGCCUCCUGUCCGUGGCAGCCGGGAUUGCACUGAGAAGCCGCAUAUUUAUUUCCUGGGUUCUUAUCCCUCCAGCUCCACCCACUCCAGUACCUCACUCAAAAAAAAAAAAAAAAAAAUCCUAGCUUGGCCUCGCUGUCUCCAGACCUUAACCACGACUGUGUCUCCGAAGCUUUAAUGAUUCCACGAGGGGCUGCUCUCCCCUCAGACAACCAAAACCUUAGCGACUGGGAAGCUGACCCCACCCGGGCCCGCCUGGCCACUCUGGGCCUGGGGUCUCGGGUGUUUUGUUCUCGUAUUAAAAGCCUGGGGGAAAGUGGAUCGUCCUGAGCUCACGAGCCCCUCACCCGCCUGCUGCAGGAGUCUUUGGCCCGGGCCCAUCUGUGUGUGUGCGUGCACACGUGUGUGCACAUGUGUGUGUGUGUUUCGGCUUCAGGCCGGCUCGCUCUUAGGAAGGGAGAGAGAAGCAGUGGAGUGAGUGGCCGGGCCCGGCUCCCUCCAUGUGUGCUUGCGCCUCUGCUGCCCCCACCCCCGCCCGAACGGCCUUACUUUCCGGACACCAAGCUCACAGAGGAAACCGAGUCCUCGCAUCCAGAAUCCUGUCCCCUCGUGGGUCCGGUGGGCAUCAGAGGACGACUCUGGCGCAGCCAGGCUGGGCGCAGACUGUCAGAUACCUCUCGCCCCUGCCGCCACCCAGACCUGGUGCCACCCAGAACAGGACACCUGGCGCCACCCAGAACAGGACACCUGGCGUCGGCAGAGUCAGCUUCGGAAAAGAAGCCACAGUUCGGUCAAGUUCACGCCCUGCACGAAGCAGCCUGUGGCGUGUGAGUGGCGGCGGCGUGUGGUUUUCAGCCCGCGGGCCCUGUGCACCUGCACACACGGGCAGGUGCCAUGCACGCACGCAUGGCACCAAGCAUGAUCGAGAGACCACUGGGUCUGCGGGUUCCCUAACAGCCCUGCACGGUCCCUGCGUGGGCUGCCCACUGCUGGAGAGAAAGCCUGGCCCGGCCCCACCGUGGGAGAGCCUGCACUGCAGGGCUCCACCCCACCCCCCGAGGUGGGGCAGGUUUGUGCGUGACCGCGGAAUGUGCGUGUGCAAGUGGUGGCCGGGCCUCACGUUAGCCAGUGCUGUGAGCCCAGAGCGGCACACCUGACCUGCUUCCCUGAGCGUCUUGUUACCCUCGCCUCCCCCCACGGCGCAAGUGUCGGGCCGGGCUGGGAGCGUGGGGACCACAGCGGCUCUGGAACCCGCGUCUCCGCCCGCUGCCCCUGCCCAGCGCUCGCCGCCAGCUCCACCGUCGCGGUGAAGACUGUCCUGUGUCCCACUCCCUACUUCAUGUGUCAGGUGGGCGGCACUGUACAGGUAUUUAUUAUCCUUUCCAGACUUUCUGAAUAGAUUUUUUUGAAUAAA